GGGUUUAAAGUGAAGAGUCUUGAUAGCGCCACCUUUAGUCUUGUUCACACCUGCGAUGAAGGCUGCACGGAUUGCCCUGAGAAACGCGGCUCCUUUGGUCGUUGGUAGUGGUAAUGGUAGUGGUAGUGCUGGCGGCUCCACUGCCAACAACGGAGCCGGAGCUGUGGUCGGAGUCGAAACAAUCAAAGAGGUGGAACGUUUAUCGCGUUUCUCUCCAUCGCCGCUCUCCAUUAAGCAAUUCCUGGAUUUUGGUUCAACAAAUGCAUGUGAGAAAACUUCAUUCUCAUUUCUUCGGCAUGAGCUUCCAGUUCGGCUAGCAAAUAUUUUGAAAGAAAUUGAUCUUCUUCCUAGUCUAUUAUUGGGUACACCUUCAGUACAGUUAGUAAAGGAUUGGUACAUUCAAAGCCUACUGGAACUAGUGGAAUUUCAAGAUAAAAAAUCAGAUGACCACAAAGCUCUUUCAGAUUUCAUAGAUGCCAUUACUAAGAUCCGAAACAGACAUCACAGUGUAAUGCCCAUGAUGGCACAAGGGGUAUUAGAAUACAGAGAUUCAUCUAAAAUGGAUUCAUGCAUCAAUCACAAUAUUCAGUAUUUCUUGGAUCGAUUUUACAUGAACCGGGUAUCUAUUCGAAUGUUAAUAAACCAGCAUGCAUUUAUAUUUGAUAGUAGUAAUGCUUGUAACCCGCGACAUAUUGGCUGCAUUGAUCCUUGCUGUGAUGUUGUGGAUCUAGUGUAUGAUGCUUUCCAGAGUUCCCAGAUGCUUUGUGAUCAACACUAUUUUGCUUCUCCGGAGUUAAAGCUUACUCAAAUAAAUGCAAAAGCACCUGGAGAGCCUAUUUUCAUAGUAUAUGUACCUUCUCAUCUCUUUCACAUGCUGUUUGAACUUUUCAAGAAUGCAAUGAGAGCAACAGUUGAACAUCAGGAAAAAAAACCUUCCCUUGAUCCAAUUGAGGUGACUGUUGUACUUGGAAAAGAAGAUCUAACUAUUAAGAUUUCUGACAGAGGUGGUGGUGUUCCAGUAAGGAUAAUUGAAAGGCUCUUCAGCUAUACAUAUUCUACCGCACCAAAGCCUGUGAUGGAUAACAAAAAUACUCCCAUGGCUGGAUUUGGUUAUGGAUUACCAAUUUCUCGUCUUUAUGCUAAAUACUUUCAUGGAGAUCUCAAUCUGUACUCUAUUUCGGGGUACGGAACAGAAGCUGUUAUUCACUUAAAGGCACUAUCUACAGAAUCUAUAGAGAAGCUUCCUGUUUUCAAUAAAUCUGCAUGUAAACAUUAUCAGACGUCCGUAGAAGCAGAUGACUGGUGUGUUCCUAGGCAAAAAACAAAUUGGUCAACAUAGAACGUUAUUGUGUGAAGACUACAUUUAUCCAACACAUUGAGAUGGGAUCAAAUCACAGUUUCAGAAAGAAUUAAUGAAGUAAAUUACUUGAAGUCACUACUGUUCAAUACAAAGACUUACGUGAGAUGAAAGAAAUUAUAUUGAAUAGAUGCUACCCAUGCUGUGUUUGUGCACUGUAAACUAUUAGGAGAAUCAAUGGGAUAGAGGAAUGCACAUAUUGGUGGUAUUGAAGUUUAGAUUAACACUCCAAAAUUCUAAUGUUUUCAGAUUCCUAUGUUCUGAAAAAAGUAGCUAUAUGGCUUCUAGAUAUAUCUAUAUUGGAGGAAAUGGAAAACCACGAAAGAUUUUCAAAGGAAUUGAAAUGGAUGGAAUUAGGUCCAUUAAUUGAAUAGGAUAUGAGGCUAUCAGUAAAAAGAGGCAACUUUUAUGAAUUGAAUUGUUUAUGCAACCAUCAAGUUGAAAUUAUUUCAGAAUAUGGGUUUAGGUUGUAUUUGAUACUUAAUCUGACAGCCUCCUUUUCUCCUUCAAAUAAAAUGCAACUUUAAAAAUAUAUUAAUAAUUUAUUGGAGGUCUUUCAUAAGGAUGUAAUGAUCAAUAGGCUGGCAGAGGAUAUACUGUAAUACCUACAUUUUUAAGAAUUUAGGAAAUACAUUAACAGACACAAGAAAAAUAUUUAUCCAUGCAGCAGCAAAGAAUAACAAUGGUAGAAUAUUUUGUGAAGAAUUGAUUGUACAAAUACUUCACUGUAAGGAAUUGAUGCUCCUUAAAACCAAGAAUCUAUUUAGGGCCCAGAUAGCACCAGUAUAGAUUAUUUUGCCUUUUCUUUUUAGGCAGAAUUGCUAAAGAUCUAAUCUUAAUACAUUUUUAAGGGAUUAUUGUGACAAUUUUGCAUCCAUUCUUAUUUAUAGCAGUUUUAUCAGUGCUGUAAUUGCUAAUGUCCACUUUUACAUGGAUUCCAAAUCCAUGUGAGUAAGUAAUCCCAUCCAUAUGAGGCUAUCGUCCAGUUGAUUUAGUGCCAGCAAAGGCUUAACAGUUAACAUUGAUGAAAUAUUGAAUGUUUUCUGCUGAAAAUAUAAUGCAAGCUUGGAAAAUACUGAAUAUUAUGUUAACUAUUAUUAUAUCCUAAUCAUGAAAGAAAUUAAUUGUUAAGCUAAUGCCAAGUGCAUAUUUGGUAGUCAGAGUACAUUAAAAAUACUCCUAAUUAGAUAUUUAUGGACUAUUUGAGUACCAUAUUCUGGUGGGUAUUACAAAUGGUAUUAAGGUAAUAACAGUAUAGAGGUUAAUUCAAAUUUUUGGCUGUUACAAUAAUACUUGUUACUAUGAUACACUUGUGUACUUUGACCAAUA